GAGGGCCCUCCACAAGGGCGGCCAGCAUGGAGGGCGUUCAGCAGCAUCAGAUGAAGCCCGAGGGCAAAGGCUGGGGCGGUGGCAGCUCCUGGGGGGGCAACUGGGGCAAGGGCUGGGGAGGCAAGUGGGGCGGCUCCAAAGGUGGAUUCUUUGGAGGGCUCAAAGGUGGCAUGAAAGGCAGCUGGGGCAAAGAUAAGGGAAAGAGCAAGAUGAAGUGGCCGAGUGGCCCCAACCUCUCACGGGCACGGAUAUCGACCGAGCCCGUGACGGGUGAGGUUGUGGAGUGGAAAGGCAAGUAUGGCUGGAUACAGCCCACGGUGCCCGUGGAGCAUCCUAUGUCCGACAAGCAUCAGGGAAGAAUCUAUGUCAGUAUGAGCGACCUUCAGGGUGGCCUGGAGGCCCUGACGGUUGGCAGCCUCUGCCAGUUCCAUCUCUUCCAGGAUGCAAGCGGUCUCGGAGCGGAAGAGGAAUCUCCCGAACCCGACCUUGCUUCGGCCUGGGCGACGCGAGCUGCAUGGUGGCCUGGCGAUGCCAGUGCCAUCACAAUGCAGGCCGGCAAGGAUAUCUGGUACUCGGAGCCUGCGGCCGGCUACAAAAGGCUGCGAACGACCCCCACCGCGUGGGUUCCUAGACUAUCAUCUCAAGUCGACAAGAACUCCGACGGACCGCGCCCUCCUUCAACACCUCCACCGUCCUCAUUGCAGCCGAAUCCGAAGAGCCAGGUGUGGCCGGUACGCUCCCGGCAAUUCAGGAGCUCCACGAGCAGGGUCUGGGCGCCCAGGGCAGCAAAAGCUCUUCCGACCGCUGCGCCCGAUCUUGCCCAGAACCUCCAAAAGAAGCCCCAGUCUCGGCCGGCUCCAAGCUACGUGCCUGCGCGGCCGAAGUAUGCUCCAUCCGCUGUUCCUCCCGUAAAGGCCUUUGAGCCAGAAGCCCAGGAGUAUGCGGACGAGAGCGUCGAAGACAUGCCCAGGCUGGCCGAGGAGGAGCCCGACAACGCUCACGACGACGUACCGAAUGUUGAUCUCGACUCGCACGAGCAGGUGCCCGACGAUGGGGCGUUCCCAGAUGAGGGCUUUGCAGAGGUCACCGAGGGCGCCGAGGGUCUGGAGGAGGAGGCUGACGAGGGCGAGUUGAUUCAAGAGGAUGACAGCCUAUGGGCCGCGGCAGCGGACUCGAAGGCUGAGCUCCGGCGGGUCUCCGAGAAGCUGCGCGAGACGGAGGCCGCCUUAGCUGCCUUGGAGGAGGAUUGCACUCAGAUGUCCCCCGAGAACGAGGAAGUUGAGGAGGUGGUUGUGGACGCUGCAGAUCAGGAAGCAGCUCUUGAUGCUGCGGAGGUCGGCGUGCCAACCUCAACCUCGACCCCGGCGCCGACGAUUGACUGGCCACCGCUGGGUGAGGCGUGGCCUCUGCAGCGCAGUGCAAGCAGCCUCUCACCAGCAGUGCUCCGCCAGCUGCCUAUAUCCACCAGGUCAGUUGCCUCCCCGUCGCAGAUUGGUUGA